AUUCCAAAAUUUGAUCAUAUCACACCUGCACUUAUCGACCUACAUUGGUUCCCAGUAACGUUCAGAGUUCAGUUUAAAUUGCUCCUCUUUGUUUACAAGUAAUUACACAACCAAAGUCCUCCCUACAUUAGAGAUCUUCUGUCCCUGAAACCAGCUACUAAUUAUGCUCUUCGCUCGUCUGCUCAAUCUCUUCUAUUCGUUCCAAAAGCCAACUGCUCUUCACUUGGGGAUCGGGCCUUUGCUCAUGCGGCACCUGUUUCAUGGAACUCGCUUCCAUUAACUAUA